CCACUGUCUCAUCUGUUUACUUUCCUCUUUUUCAAGUCACUGUACUUGGUUGCUUGUGUUGUAAAAUAACAAAAUAGAAGAAAUACCACUCAUUCUAUAGAAUGACGCAUGAAAAAUAGAACGGAAUCUCCGUCACGAAAGGUCAAGGUUGAAAAACAAAAAUGGAGUCGUGCAAUGCAGUUGAGAGAGAAGUUGAGAAAGUAUUCAGCAAAUUUUCCGGUUUGAAGGACCACUCUAACAAGAAUCUUGAAGAGUUGUGCAAUUCAAUUCAAAGUAUACAACGAGAAUUGCGAGAUGAUGACAAGCUUACCGCUACUCAAACCUUAAUACUGACACAGACUGUUCGAAGGAUCAAAGAGGCAGUCUCGCGCUUGGGGCAGGAACAUAAAGAACUACAUAGUACAGUGUCCAAAGUUGGAAAAUCCAUUGACAGGAAUUUUGUCAAUGACUUGACAUCUAUAGCAACUGAUGGUGCAUUUGAGGGAGUGGAGAAAACUCAUUUAUUAAAUGAAGUGGUUUGUGAACACUUCAUGAGACAAGGAAUGUUGGACAUUGCUGAUGCUCUUGUCACGGAAGCAAAUUUAGAAAUUGCAGAAGAGAAAAAAGAACCUUUCUUAGAAUUACAUAGAAUACUCGGAGCUUUAAAACAGAAGAAUUUAGAACCUGCUUUAAGUUGGGCUACAUCUAAUAAAGAUAGAUUACGAGAAAUUAACAGUUGCUUAGAGUUCAAGCUACACAGAUUAAAAUUCAUUGACCUCCUACGUCAAGGACGUAUGUCACAAACUGAGGCAUUAUACUACUCUAGACACCUAUCACAGUUUGCCAGUCAAUAUCCGAGAGAUCUACAGGUGUUGAUGGGAAGCAUGCUAUACCUAAGACAAGGUAUUGAGAACUCUCCAUAUGCCUAUUUAGUGGCUCCUAUCUACUGGGAUGAGAUAUGUGAUGUAUUUACACGAGAUGCCUGCUGUUUGUUGGGGAUGUCGGUGGAAAGUCCUCUAAGUGUCAGUAUCCGAGCAGGGUGCCUAGCCUUACCUCCACUGCUCAACAUCAGACAAGUGAUGCAGCAACGCCAAGUGGCUGGGGUCUGGAGCAAUAAAGAUGAGUUACCAGUAGAAAUAGACCUGGGAAAAGAUUACAGAUACCACUCCACCUUUGCCUGUCCGAUCUUACGUCAACAGACAACCGACGCAAACCCUCCGAUGAGACUUAUUUGUGGUCAUGUGAUAUCAAAAGAUGCUCUUACAAAACUUUCUAAUGGAACUAAAGUAAAGUGUCCCUACUGCCCAAUAGAACAGCUGCCCAUGGAAGCCAAGCAGAUUUAUUUCUGAAUGGCAAUCUUGACCUUACAAGUGGAGACUUGUUGCCUUUUGGGAGGACUUAUAUAAUGGAUGCUUUCUUCAUGAGCUUGGUUCCAAAAUUGAAAAUUUUGAUUUUGAAUUUGUCUUGAGAACUGAGCAUUUUUAAAUUCAGUGAACCAUUUUGAAUAAGUGCUCCCUCUAAAAGGGAAUUCAGAAUACAACACUGUGUAAGAAGUCCUAGGUGUUGUUUUAACCCAUGGUCUGUCAGCUGAAUGUUUUUUGUAACUUGGUUUAUGAGAUCAGAGAUCACCAUCUGGCAAAUUGGAGGUCAAAGUUCAACAUAGUGAUAAUUUAGAGGUUGUAUUGUAAGUUUAUGCAGACAUUUUGGAGGUCACAGGCCAACAAUUUGAUCCUUAAGGUCACAGGUCCACUCAGGAUUUUAUUGCAGGUCAUAUAUUAAGAUUUGGACACUGGAGGUUAAAGGUCAGCAUAAAGAUCAAAUGUCAGCUCAAUGACAACAUGAGCAUGUUUCUGUAAUGUGCUGGCAUAUUUACAGAAUUCAUGCUUAGACUAAACUGAAUGGACAAGGUUUUGUAACUGUUUUAUUUUACACUUUAGCGAAAUAUUCUCAGAUGCUUACUUAGCCUCUGAAAAAUCUAUGUUUUGAUUGAAUAGUGACCAAGAACUUUUUAAAAUGGCUUUUUAGGAACUGUUUGUUCUGAAUGUAAGAUUGCUAUAUACAGUACCUUGUAAUUUUUAUGCAGAUAUAAUUGUGUAAUGAAUGUGUGUUAACAACCACUUUUUGAUUUUGUGCAGCAAUGUGUGUGAGGGUACAGAACUACAGUCAAGGAAUGGUGUUUUUAAUGUAAGGAGUGUGUACAACGUCACUUGAAUGAAUGAAUCACACAUGUAUAUUAUGUCUGUGUACUGGAAUAUCUAGAACAUUGUAUGUAAACAGUAUAAUAUGAUGUAUGAUGCUGUAUUACACCAAUGAGUGUAUUACUAUUAAAUUCACUUAUAUGUUGUCAGCUUUUGUCAGACAACCUGUCUUUUCUGAUAUUUACUGAUGGCAAGGUAGCACAGCGAUUUGAUCAUGAGUGGUAUCUGCUUAAAACAACACACAGGUGGUGAUAAAGUGUGCCACUCUGGAGAGACUGCCAGUCUGGAGUAACAAAAGUGCGCUAGUCUGGAGAGACUGCCAGUCUGGAGAAACAAAAGUGUGCCACUCUGGAGAGACUGCCAGUCUGGAGAAACAAAAGUGUGCCACUCUGGAGAGACUGCCAGUCUGAAGAAACAAAAGUGUGCUAGUCUAGAGAGACAAAAGUGUACCACUCUGGAGAGACUGCCAGUCUGGAGAAACAAAAGUGUGCCAGUCUGGAGAAACAAAAGUGUGCCACUCUGGAGAUACUGCCAGUCUGGAGAAACAAAAAUGUGCUAGUCUGGAGAAACAAAAGUGUGCCAGUCUGGAGAGACUGUCAGUCUGGAGAAACAAAAGUGUGCUAGUCUGGAGAGACUGCCAGUCUGGAGAAACAAAAGUGUGCCACUCUGGAGAGACUGCCAGUCUGGAGAAACAAAAGUGUGCUAGUCUAGAGAGACAAAAGUGUACCACUCUGGAGAGACUGCCAGUCUGGAGAAACAAAAGUGUGCUAGUCUGGAGAAACAAAAGUGUGCUAGUCUGGACAGACUGCCAGUCUAGAGAAACAAAAGUGUGCCACUCUGGAGAGACUGCCAGUCUGGAGAAACAAAAGUGUGCUAGUCUAGAGAGACAAAAGUGUACCACUCUGGAGAGACUGCCAGUCUGGAGAAACAAAAGUGUGCCAGUCUGGAGAAACAAAAGUGUGCCACUCUGGAGAGACUGCCAGUCUGGAGAAACAAAAGUGUGCUAGUCUAGAGAGACAAAAGUGUACCACUCUGGAGAGACUGCCAGUCUGGAGGAACAAAAGUCUGGAGAGACUGCCAGUCUGAAGAAACUGGCAAAGAAUUUUACUGGAAUGCAACAUGCUUUCAACUUGGCAACCAGGAAAUUUGUAAUUAUCUGUUGAGAAGUUGACAUAAAGGAUGUAAUUAUACUGUAUACAUUGUUAACAGAUUGUAAUAUAAUGUAAUAUAUCUAUUUACACUUUAAUAUGAUUGUUUAUAAUGUAAUAUGAUGUAACAUGAAUGU